AAAUACAAUAUGGCGUUAAUUAUCAUUUGUAUUUGUGGUUGUGGCUAAAUGUUCCGUUAAUAACGUUUGUUGGUGAGUUAUUUUCUUUAAUUUAGAUAACAACCAGAGGAGAUUUGCGUAACACCUAUAGAGCAAAUCAGUCUCGUGAUUAUAAUUACAAAGAUGACUUUACAAGCAAUUAAAUGGGAGGGUAGAAAAUUAGAAAUUUUGGAUCAAACACUCUUGCCGGCAAUUUCUAAAUACAUUUCUGUAAAAGGAGUUGAGGAUGGAUGGAAAGUUAUCAAUAGAAUGCAGGUGAGAGGUGCACCUGCAAUUGCAAUAGUUGGCUGUCUCAGUUUAGCUGCUGAGAUUGACGGUGAAAUAUUCACUGACAAGAAGGUACUUCGACAAGAAAUCGAAGGAAAAUUAAAUUAUUUAGUUUCUGCUCGACCCACUGCUGUGAAUAUCAAACUUGCUGCUGAAUAUCUAAUAGGUCUUGCUAAUAAAUUAAGCGAAGAUAAUGAAGUUUCACCUUCAAUGAUGAAAGAUCAGUUUUUAAAAACAAUAGAAACAAUGUUGGAAAAGGAUCUUGCUGACAAUAAUGCAAUUGGAAAAUAUGGUUCAGAAGAAAUUUUAAAAUCUGUACCAAAUGAUGCUUUAGUCAGAGUAAUAACGCAUUGUAAUACGGGUAGUCUUGCUACAGCAGGUUAUGGUACUGCUUUGGGUGUAAUUAGAUCUCUUCACGGUAAAGACAGACUUGAACAAGUUUAUUGCACAGAAACAAGGCCUUUCAAUCAAGGCGCAAGAUUGACUAGUUAUGAACUAGUGCAUGAUAAAAUUCCAGGUGUACUGAUUUGUGAUGAUAUGGUGGCAUCUUUAAUGAAAUCGAGGACAAUCAAUGCAGUGAUUGUUGGUGCUGAUCGGGUUGUUGCUAACGGUGAUACAGCUAAUAAAAUAGGAACAUAUCAGAUAGCGAUUCUUGCAAAAUAUCACGGCGUACCAUUUUACGUGGCAGCGCCAUGUACGUCUAUAGAUUUCAAUAUGAACAGUGGUGAUCAAAUUAAAAUUGAAGAAAGACCUGAAGAAGAAAUAACUCAUAUAUUAAGCCAAAGAAUAGCUGCUUCUGGAAUUCAAUGCUGGAAUCCGGCUUUUGACGUAACGCCAGCUGAACUAAUUACAGGCAUAAUUACUGAAAAAGGAGUUUACAAGCCAAAUAAUCUAUCAGUUUUAAAAGAAUACUGUCGAAAUAAUGAAAAUCAAUUUAAAUUUUAAAUUCUCAUGUUUUUUUCUUUUUAUUUCUAAUUGUAAUGCAUGUUGACUGCGUUUUAUAACAUUACGUACUUAGUUUUUGCUUUAUAAUUUUCAUUGUCUGAAUGCUUUGAUAAUAUGAGGACAAAAUAUGAAGAAGAGUUUUAAAUGAAUUUUGAUACGAAUAUUAUAAUAUUAAUAAAAAAAAACAAACAAAAGAAUAUUAGUAAUAAUAAGCGAUUUACAAAUUAAAAAUAUAAUAAUUCUAUUUUAAAAACUGAUUAAUAGUGCACAAUUUUCAAAGACUGCCAUAUAAUUAUUGGAAAUAUUUUUGCAGUCUUAAAAUUAUUUUCCAAUUUAAAGAAAAAGUUUUUGAAUAUUUAUUAAAGUCUAUGACACAAAUGAAUUUUAGAUGGAAAUUAAUUUUUUAUUGUAAGAUUAGAAUGAAGAAUGGAUGAAAUUGAUUUUCUGAUUUGUUAUAGUGAUUGAAUAUAGAAAAACGAUAGACUAUUUGUAAAUUUUUAAAGUUAAUAUAUAGA